CGCCGUUUUUGACCCGUCUACUAUUCAUGAGCCAGUUAAUAUGCGAAAGAUUAUGGGUAACCCAACCGAUGGUGCUGUGCUUCAGUUCGCAGAAGCGGCCCGGCCGGGGUCCAUCAAAAGCCUCAACGAUAAAUACCAGCGUGUGUUCAGCAUUCCUUUCAACUCCAAGAACAAAUGGGUGCUCACGUUGUACAAGACUCCUGAUACCGAGAAGAUUGAUGGAAGCUACUGGCUCUUGAUGAAAGGCGCAUCGGAUAUUCUCUUGCCGCACUGCAGCUCCUAUUGGUCUUGCACUAAGAACAGCAUUCAACCUCUAGAUAUCGAAGUCAGGAAGAUGCUUUCGGAGAUCCAGGAAAACAUGUCACGGAACGCUCAGCGAGUCAUCAUCUUGUGUGAACGUCAAUAUACUCCUACCCAGCAAUUCGGAACCAACGCCUUCAGUGACAAGAUCCAGAGUCAAGGCGUAGCCGAUCUCACCCUCAUUGGAUUGUUCGGAAUUAUCGAUCCUCCUCGGAAAGAAGCAGCAGCCACAGUCGCUUCCUGCCGGCGUGCGGGAGCCAAAUUCUUCAUGGUGACUGGAAACGCAGCACCAGACACAUUUGAAACCAUUGUGCAGCGGCGCGAGUGCACUACCAGUCGAUCGUCAACGGGCACGGAUUCGUCGAGUUUCUCGCAGACAAGCUUGCUUCUUGAAGGGCCAUCGAUUUCACAACUGACUGAUGAGGACUGGGACUUUGUUUGUGGAUACCAAGAAAUUGUGUUUGGUCGAACCAUGCCCGACCAGAAACUUCGGAUCGUCAAUGAGCUUCGUGCACGCGAUUAUGUGGUCGCGGUCACUGGUGACGGUGUGAAUGAUGCGCCUGCUCUCAGGGCUGCGGAUGUCGGUGUGGCAGUCGUCACUGGUAGUGAUGUCACCCUGGAAGCCGCAGAUUUGAUCUUGAUGGAUAAAUUCGACUCUAUCAUCGACGCCAUUCAUCUUGGACGACUAGUGUUCCAGAAUCUGCAAAAAGUCAUUAGCUACCUCCUGCCUGCAGGCUCAUGGUCAGAGAUUUGGCCUGUCCUUCUCAAUGUUUUCUUUGGUGUUCCUCUCCCGCUCUCCUCAUUCUUGAUGAUUAUUAUCUGUGUUUUCACCGAUCUCUUCUGUUCUCUGUCACUCAUUAUGGAGCAAGAGGAGUUUGAACUGCUUGACUUGCCCCCGCGAAACCACAAGAAGGAUCAUUUGAUCAACCUUAAGGUCUAUAUUCAGAGCUAUCUGUUCAUGGGAGUUAUGCAGACUGUCUGUGCACACUCCAUGUUCUUCUUCUACUACUGGCGACAUGCUGGAAUCCCAGCAAGCGCAUUGUUCUUCGCAUUCGAAAAGUACUCCGACGGCUUCUAUGGCUACACCGAGGAUGAGCUCACUCAGUUCAACGUUGUCGGUCAAAGUGUGUACUUCGUCUGUCUGGUCAUUCUUCAAUGGGGAAAUAUCCUCAGUGUGAGAAAUAAGCGACUCACAAUCUUACAGGCCGACCCGAUUCGCAAGAAGCGUCGCAAUCCCUGGCUUCUAGCCAGUAUGGUGAUCAGUCUUUCGAUCGCCAUCUUUGUAACAGAAGAGCCGGGCAUUCAGCGGAUCUUUGAAACUGGUUCAGUGCCAUUGGAGUUUUGGUUCUUGCCAAUUCCCCUUGCAUUCGGCGUGCUUUUCGCAGAUGAGCUUCGCAAACUUGCCGUCCGGGUUUGGCCAAAGGGACCCAUUGCUCGGUUGGCUUGGUGA